AUUAACUUUCCUGAUCAAUCAAUGGCUUCAACACGCGAGGGACACUACAGAGGAGUAAGGAAGAGGCCAUGGGGAAGGUACGCUGCUGAAAUAAGGGAUCCAUGGAAGAAAACUAGGGUUUGGCUUGGAACUUUUGAUACUCCAGAAGAAGCUGCUCUUGCUUACGAUGGUGCUGCAAGAUCCCUCAGAGGUGCUAAGGCCAAAACUAAUUUCCCUCCACCACUUAAUGCCUUCUCUUAUGACUUCGAUCUCAACCUCCCUUCCUCUGAUCUCUGGCCUACUUCUUCUUCUUCUUCCUCUUCCUCUUCUCGUGCUACUGGUUUCGUUCUUGGAGAACUCUUGCAAGCACGCCUUCCGAGAGAGAUGAACUACCAUGAACACGACCUUUUGCCUAGAGAUGUAUCCGCUCGUGUUCAGCAGCCGCCGCCGCCGCCGCUUCCUGAACCGGCCUCCGCUCAUCUUCCUCCUUUCUGUGGGACGGUGAGGCGUGGUCUGUCCAUCGACUUGAAUGAGCCCCCUCCCACGACGAACCCCUCAUUCUGGUUCUCAUGAAUGAU